CCCACCCGAGCGCUAGAGCUCGGCCCACAGGCGCGCCUGAUUGGCCCUCCCGCGUUACCUGUCGUUUGAUGGACAGCUCCCGCACCGAAUAGCAGAAGAUCAGGCCGCCGCGUGGCACGCGCCUCUCGCGCGGAGGGGCGGGGACGAGGGCUGUUGGGCGGGAAAAGCGGAUAAAAGCUGCUGGGCGGGCAGGGGUCGCUCUCAGGUGGCGGAGCGGCUUGUUUUGUGCUGCCUCCGGUCCCGAAAUGGCUCUCUAGGGACCUCUUAAUUCUUAAAUAUGGUUUUGAGCCCUUUUCUCCUAGUUGGAAAGCGCUUAUCUGAGCAGCGUUAUCAGAGCUAGGAAAGCACGCAGCGAGUGUGAGGGGCAGAGAGCAGCAGGGUGGGCUCUGAGCACCUCCGCCGCUCAGGGCCGCGGGGCUUGCGGUUGUGGCUGCCGUUGCUUCGCGUUCGCUGGACGCUCUGCUGUUGGUGCUGAAAAUCAUUUUUGGGAUCUCCUGCAUCGGGUCGUGGAGGAAGGAACAAACUGCUGCACCAUUCAAGGAUUUUAAGACUUGGGGACCAGUUCUACAAAGAAGCAAUUGAGCACUGUCGCAGCUACAACUCUCGGCUGUGUGCUGAACGGAGCGUUCGCCUUCCCUUCCUGGACUCGCAGACUGGAGUUGCUCAGAACAACUGCUACAUCUGGAUGGAGAAGCGGCACAGGGGACCAGGCCUGGCCCCAGGUCAGCUGUACACAUACCCGGCACGUUGCUGGCGCAAAAAGAGGCGUUUGCAUCCUCCCGAGGAUUCCAGGCUGAAGCUGCUGGAAAUUAAACCUGAAGUUGAUCUGCCUCUCAAAAAAGAUGGCUUCACAUCAGAAAGUACAACACUGGAAGCAUUGCUGCGUGGAGAGGGAAUAGAGAAAAAGAUGGACACUAAAGAGGAGGACCCUAUACAAGAAAUCCAGAGGGUUUUAGAAAAUGAUGAAAACGCAGAUGAAGUGAAUGAAGAAGAGGAUUUGGAAGAAGAUAUUCCAAAACGAAAGAACAGGCCAAGAGGACGGCCAAAGACCCCCACCUGGAAAAAAAUUUUCCAGAAAAAUGCUCGGGGAUCUGGAGGUGGCAGGAGACGAAAUGAUGCUGCCUCCCAGGAUGAUCAUGACAAACCCUAUGUUUGUGACAUCUGCGGCAAGCGUUACAAGAACAGGCCUGGGCUGAGCUACCACUAUGCUCACACUCAUCUUGCCAGUGAAGAGGGUGAUGAGGCCCGGGAGCAGGAGACCCGCUCUUCUCCUGUCCACAGAAAUGAAAACCACAAACCCCAGAAAGGACCAGAUGGGGUCAUCAUUCCCAAUAACUACUGUGACUUCUGCCUUGGAGGCUCCAAUAUGAACAAAAAAAGUGGCCGGCCUGAGGAACUUGUGUCGUGCUCAGACUGUGGGCGCUCUGGACACCCGACCUGCCUGCAGUUCACCACAAACAUGACUGAGGCUGUUAAAACCUAUCAGUGGCAGUGCAUUGAGUGCAAAUCCUGCAGCCUUUGUGGCACCUCUGAGAAUGAUGACCAGCUGCUCUUCUGUGAUGACUGUGACCGUGGCUAUCACAUGUAUUGCUUGAAUCCACCAGUCUUUGAGCCCCCCGAAGGGAGUUGGAGUUGUCAUUUGUGCCGGGAGCUGCUCAGAGAGAGAGCAUCAGCUUUUGGCUUCCAGGCCUGAGGAGCUCCAGCAAUCAAGAAACACUUUGCUCCUGUUGUUGUCAUACCAGCACACAAUUCCCAUCCAGAACACAAAGACACAACCCACAUCAAAAUGAAUGGACACUCAAGUACAGGAAGAGGUAUCUGUGGUAUUCACUGUCACUGAUGCAGAACCUCCUGGGCUCUACUAGAAGAAUCACGUACUUUCCUGAUGCUCCGGAUGAAAUCUCUUCCCUGCUAUGCAUGGUUGCUGCUUACCGUUAUGGGCUCACAUGGAUUAUAGGAGGGGGAGGGUUGUUAUAUCGAUAUGAAGAAGUCAAUUUUGUGUGGCCUUGUGCUUUCUAUUUAGUUUUCUUCUGAAGGAGACAUAGUAAGGAAUCUCCCAAGGAUUUGUUGGUAAGUGCUUUGGUGGGAAGCAGAACCAGUUGUUACUGCACAAAAGCUUGCCUGGAAGUCCCUUUUACUGCAACUGCUCUGUAUUCUUAGGGUGGCUUUGCGUUGCGUUAGUUCAAUACUUCCCAUGUUGUGAAUGAUGUGUUGUCACUGAGAGAAGCACUGAUCAGAACUGGGGGAGUGACACUUUCUCUCUUGGAUCAAAUGCUUUGAUUUGGCAGAUCUUCAGACAUCUGGUUUCAGUGUUUCUGAAGGAAGAGCACUGCCAGUAUGAACAUACACAGAUGCUUAAAUGCUGCGUUUGGUAUUUUUGGAUAUUCAGGCACACCAUCCCACUCCGGUGCUAUCAUGCAGUUCAGAUGCAUCAUUUUAUUUUUACUGAAAAAAAAAUUGUGAGUGGUUCUGCAUGUAACUGAUUUACUGUCCAGCUCAGAAAACUGAAUGAAAGAAAACUGUCGUUUUAACUUGAUCAUAGAAAAUAGAGGUUCCAGUUUUCUGAGCAAUCUAAAGUAAGCUGAAAAUAGGAACGACAUUGGCAUAGGGUCACAUGAAGCACUUUUGAUUUUUUUUUUUUUUUUUUCUGAUUUCUAAACUAGAAUAUUCUGCAAUUGAAAGCUGAAAUUUUAGUUUAGGAAUUGCCUAAUCAGAACUUCCCACAUUUCCAGAGUUAUACUGGUUUUUUAUCAAAAUGAUUAUCAAGAUUUGUGAAUUUUCAAAUCAUUUUGCCCCCAAAUUCUCUAUAACCACAUUUUUGGCAGAAGCCUUAUCAAGCUCCGGUCAAAGGAAUCAUUUACUUGAACCUAAUAUCAAAAGAAAGAUUUUCAUAGUUAUUUUAAAAUUUAAAUAGGAAUACUUGUAUUUUGUGCAAACAAACCUCUGCAUGUGAAAUGAAGAAGCAUUAAGCGAGAGCAUCAAUUGAAAAAGUAUUUUCACAGUUGAGUCCCUGUGAUUGACUUAAGACAUCAUCAGGAGGACAAGUGAGUACAUUAAAACAUUUUUAUCCGAUGCAUCUUUUAAGGUUAAAAACAUGCAACUCCCCAAAUGGCCAAGUAGCCCAGAAUGACCAAUUUUGUGGGUGUGAUUUACAUUUCUUUCUAUGCAUAGAUUAAAGUGGACUUAAGAUACACGUUUAUGAGAGUCCCAAGCAACACGUGAUUUGAGUUGCCUGUACAAGUAGGUAAGAGCACUGAAAGUUAUAUUUGGGAUAUUUAUUCUGGUUGAAACUUUUCUGCAAAAUGAAAUGUCCCUGAAAGGACACUGUGAAAGAGUAGCAGUGAACUAAUUUUUCUUUUUUUCUCCUGCUAAUUACACUUAGUUAGAAUGAACUAUACUGACCUAACGCACUUUUCCUCAUUAUUUAGAUAGUUUGUUCACCUUUAGUGUUUUGUUCAGCUUACAGUAGUCGUGCCAGCUGUUGGAUUCUCCCACGUGCUCUCACAACAUCGUCUCAGACUGCAGUGGGAGUACUUUAACCUGUUAGAAAAGGGGUUUAGGAAGUGUUUAUCCUAGUUGUAUUGGACCAAAUUCCUCCAGGAGUGGCCACCCACGACAUUCAUUUAAUACAUUAUCUUUCUGUCUGACAGUUUUGGGUGAGCCAAGAGUAUAAAGAUAUUUGAGCAUCAGAUGUAGGAUCUCUCUGCAUGAGGUGUCUGGUGCCUCUCUGGACAAAGCUGUAAAGCACAUGUCAAAUGAAGCUUCUUUCUCCCUGUCCAAGGAACUGCCAACUCCUGUGGUCCCGUUCUCACUGCUGAGCUGCUGUCACCCAGUCUGAUGGCUGGCCCCGAGGACAUGUCUUGGUGGUAGUGCGUGAUCCUGAAUGCAGGGCAGCAUGGAGUGAGCCAUGUACUGGGGGAUCUGCCCCAAGCCUGGGAGCAGCUGAGGGCCACAGCUGCUCUGCAGGAGCUUUGGCACCUAUCUGAUCUGCUGAUCUGACACUUUGGGACCACUGCACAGUUUGUGCUGCUGCUCUGACUAGGAGGGCAAGUAUAUGCUUGGCAGAGACGCUGUUUGACUUCGUCAUAUGAAAGAGUAGUGGCAAGAGAGACAGGAACUGGGAGUGUGAGUGCUGGAUGGAAAGUCUGUGAUGGAGCUGAUGAUGAGAGCAGCAGAGGUAGCUUCUGGUGUUCAAGUUGGUGCUCAGCUGCCUGGGAUGCUGGGCUUAGUGAGCUCCAUUAUAGUGAGUUGUUGCCUUCACAUUUGCUAGUAUUUGUGUCGACCUUGGGACUGAAGUAGAAAAAUACUUAUUGCUUUAGCCUACAUUUAGGCAGACAGCAGUGGCUUUGUAUCUAAGCACCUGGUAGUCCUUUGUAUGAUGUUGGUGGGAGUGACUGGUACAGAAAGUCAGCAUUCUGUCCCUGAAAUGGAGACACUGACGGACGAGCUGUGCUUUUCAUGCACACCUGCUCUCCUGUUGUACCAUUUUGAUCCAUACCAUGGACCAUUUUUUUCUCCCACACCACAGUGAAUACUAUCUUUCAUGUUUGUAAAUAUUUCUCAGUGACAUUGCUGAAGUUUCACCACUAACAAGGUAUGAUGGAAGGAUGGAUUGCUAGAUCUUCUGCAGUAAAAUAUUGUCAGAGCUCAGCGAAAGAGGGAACUUAUUCAUGGUAAUCUCUUCAGCUCCAUGCUGUAACAUAGCCAGGAAGCAUCAGGUAACUCUCAGGAGCAAAUGAAAUGCCAGCUGUCCCAUGCUGAGGGCAUCCUACAGCUGCACACUCCCUACUUCUUGAGCUCCCUCCUAGGAAAGAGGCUGGUACAUUCCUCCCAGGGACAUUGUUAGCUUGCAUUCAGAACUGUACAUCUUGCUGCACUUCUGAAAUACUAAUCAAGCUCCCAAGUGUUUGAUGCUGUACCUGCUUUACCAAGAUGUGGGGAGGUGAUAGCACAGUCAAGAAGUUCAGAACCUCAGAGAAUCACUUCCCUGCCAUCAGAGUACCAUUUCUAUAUCGUCAUUGGGGUGAACUGCUUUGGCAAAACCAGACAUAUCUUGAACUAGCAUGUGACUGAUGUGAUGUAGGCAGCAAGCAGUCUGAGCUUCUCUUUCUUCUUGAGGCAGGAUGUGCAAUGCUGCCCACAGAGCAAAUGCCUGUUGCUGACAGUGGCAGAGUGUGGUGGGUUAUUCAUAGGCAAAUGGUUCCUUUCAGCUUUAUAAAAUGAACCAGUUCAUUAGGUAAAUGUUUGUGGUGCGGUGGGCAGGGCAGCAAGGGGACAUGUCACCUGAGAGCUAACAAAGCCAAGUGGGCAGGGAGAGCUGCUAGACAAAAGCAUGUUGGGUUUCCAUUUAAACAGACAAUCUGAAUUGAGACAAAAUUCAAGGUACUGUGCCCCUUAUGCACUCUGGAGACAACAGGAAUUUUUCUUUUUUGCUUGUUUGGUUUUUAACCAGUGAUGGAUUUGGUAAUUUGUCCAUGUACCUGCUCUCCUGCGUGGUGGGAUUCACAUUCCGGGUGAGAAUUUGUUGCCAGCCCUUCAGGUGAUCAAACUCUGACAUGUUUUGAAGCUCUCUGUGUAGGCAAGGCAAGCUGUAUAUUAGCUCAAAGUAGGACAGACGGUGUUAGAUUCUGCAUCCCUCAACGUCUUCAAAUCAAGACUGGGACUGUUCCCACGAGACUUAUUUUAAUUAAACACAAUUUUAGUUAAACACAGGAAUGUCAGACUGAAGAAGGUUUGUGCUGUAGAGGAAGCUAGACUAGAUGAUGUAAUUGUUCUUCCUGUCCUUAUUAUGAAAACAGAUGUUUACUGGUCAAGGGGAUGUAUUUAAAUAAAGUUGUCUCUGGAUAACUGACUUAAAAUAUGUUAGUUUAGCAUAUUCAUGGAAUGCUUCUCAUUUUAACCCAUUUUGGGUGACAAAAAAAAGUCACUUACAGAAAAUCAACUUUAUGGGUGCAGUACAUCUGUCAUGGCCACAGUGGCAGCUGUGUUGGUGCCAGCUAUGACAGGCUUUUCCAGGGAAUGAACAAUUCAGACUGCAUUGUGUGAAACUGCCACUUGGUUCUGGCUUUCCCCCAUAGCUAUUUGUGCAGGACUGCCCCAUGUGUGCUCAUGGUGGCUGGGGAGUGGAGCUGCUUUGAGGCUGCAGUGGUGGCUCUGAAGCCAGCAGACAGAGAAAUGGUCACCAUCUUUGGAUUGAAUCUGCAGCAUCUGAGUAAAAGCACACCUUAGGCCAGUCCUUGAGCUAGGAAAGCCACUGUUAAGUGUGUUCUGAAGCUGACAUUACUUUAAAUAACUUUGAAAUUGUAUUCCUCACCUUUCUUUAAAAGAGGCUCAGUAAAUUCUGCCUCAAAGGAAGAACCUCCUAUACCAUUCUGCAUUGUGGGGCUGUUGCGUGUUUCGCACACCUACACACGUGGUCUGUCAGGGGUUGCUGGGGGGAAGGGAGAGCGUAGGGGCAGAAAGGAAUAUUAAUUAAACUUGUCAUGGCUGGAGGGGUCAUAUGCAUUGUGCACAAGAAAAUUCCAGGUAGAGCUGGGUGUGCUUUUUCUGUGUAGUAUAAAUUUAUUAAAAAAAAAAAAAAAAGAUUUCUUUUGGGGGAAACAGAAUUGUUCAUAUAUUCAUAGGUAAUCUGGCAUAUAAUUUCAUACAAAAAAAAAGGGGGGAGGGGAUGCGGAGGGGGAGAGGGAGGGCAGGAAUAUCAGAAAAUUUGAAUCUUUCAGAAUGAAUGUGACCAGCAGGCAGGGCUGUCAUUAGUGUGGACCUGGUGUCUCUAGGUGGAGUUGGGAAGUGUGGGGCUUGUUUCCAUAUAGAAAAGGGUUUGCAGCACUCCUCUGAGUGGAGGAGUGGGGCUGAAAGUCCUGCCUUCCAUCUGCACUGCUGGAGAGAUUGGGGAGUCCUACCUUCACCCGCAUCAAAGCACUCAGCAGAGUGUCCGCAGGAAUGGCAAACAGCAGCUACACUGUGGGGAGAGGGAGAGGAGGGACUUGGUGGGCUUUACUCCUUUCUUUCAUAAAUGUUAGCAAGAACAUCAGGUGUUUUGCUGAUGGGGACUCAAGCCAAUAGCUUGUUAAUGUUUGCAAUACAUUUCUGCCACAGAGAGUGAAAAUGCCAAGUACUAUUACAGCAUUCACCUGUGCAUUUAGAACAAACAUUGUUACUGUUAUUUUGAAAUGAGGAAACUACAGUUUCCAGAUCAUCUUACCCUUUGUGCAUGCAUAAAGUUAACAAUGAAGCCCUUCAUGCUGAUUUUUCAGGUACUGAUAUUUUCUUUUCAGACCAUAAAUUUAACUUCCACAGUGCAUCAGGAAACAUUCCCCCUCUCCCCAUUUCUCAGGAGCCAAGGCAAGGAAGAGCAGCUUUGAAUCUUCAUAUUCUGAGUUAUAAAGUACAACAAGUCAAUUUCAUGGUCAUGUCCUCUUCACAUCUUGAAGAAAUGGCCUGGUUGGCUGGGAGAGAGCUCCUCCUUUGGCAGCCUAGAAGGGUCUUUGCUAGCAUCUGUCUCAUCUGUGCAUGAGAUAUCUUAGUCUGGGGUUUUGUCUUCUUGGAAAGGACUCUUCCAGCUGUUGCUCUAUCAAUCUUUGAAAGUGCUAAUUCUCAUCAGAGAACUAUAUGCUUAAAAUGUUUAAAAUCAGGAUAAGGAAUUCCUUAAAUUCCUCACGAUUUUAAAGGGAUGCAUGUCAGAAAGGCAGAGCAUCACCACCACCUCAAGAAUUGUGCUGGAGCACAUGUAUCGAGUCACAACCCAGGUGUCAGGAAAUGGCUGCAUUUUGAUAUCCACUACGUGCUGGCAGUGCAGAUUUUGCCAGCAACCUUAAUUGGGAAGUAGCUACUCAAAAUCAAGGGAAAAGAUGUGGAUGUUGUGCCCAAUAUAUCCUUAUUUCCUAGACUUCUUAGGAAUAUAACACAAGGGAUGUGCCCUUGCAUCCUUCUGGGGAGGUUAUAAGUGCAUGAGGAAUUUCCAUGUUCUCUCCUUUGGCCUUCAUUAUGGAAUAUCCUUCAUUGUUCAUCUUUGUGUUUUUCUUCUCCUAAAUUUAUCCCUGGAUUUCAGAGAAAGUGUGUACCAAAGCUGAUCUGAAGGGUCUAGAACGACUCAGAAAUAGAGAGAGGUUCAGGCUGAACCACCAACUUUCACCUCUCCCUUUAGAAGUGUUCAGCAAACCCUUGAUCAUUGCAGGGAAUCAAACUCACAUGCUGACUGAAUCUCAAUUCUGCAUUAAGGUCACACAAUCAUUCUGUUAGACUCUUUUGUAGUCAUAAAAUGUUCUUUAAAAAUGCAGGAAGAAAUGUUCCAUCUUUACCUUGAUGGCAUCGCCUUUUUGUGCUGCAGCAGAGAUCAACAGCCCUCCCUCCAGUUUACUCUGACUUUCUUCCAGCACCACAGCCUGGGUCAGCAGUAAAUGGGGACAGGUCCAGGAAUAAUCUGUCUCAUUGAAUUGCGGAUGUAGGGGAGACUCAAAAGCAUUCAGGUAAGUUGUCAUCUGCGCUGAUAGUCAGAUCACCUAAGAAUCAGAAGUUUCUGUACAAGUUAAAGUAAUACCUGUUCCUUAUCUGCCAUUUCAGGCACUGUUUUAUUGUUUUUUUUUCCACUAGAAGUUGUUGCAAAGAGAAACAUCAGUGAGAAGUGGAUGAAUUAGGAUCUUUGCUGUUGAACUUCUAUUUGACAGUGGGACAACAUUGUCCCCAUUAAUCAUAAGAGGGGAAGGGAGGAGGAUAAAUCUGUGACAUCAUAAUGUGUCUCUCAGAUAAAAUGAUAUUAUCAGCUUUUUAAUGCACCUUUGAAAUACUCAAGAAAUUAUCUCAAAAUAGUGGCAACCACAUGAAUACAUUGAUAGAGCCUUGCUGUAUGAUGCUAUGUUAUUUAAUUUUAAUUAUAAGGAGAUUUUAACUUGUAUAUAUUGGAAUCGUAUUUGUGCAUCAUACUUAUGUUAUUUACUGUAAAUAUGGCUCACCUACCAGGAAUUGAUCCAAAGUCCUAUAAUAGGUGUUACUGACCUUGAAAUAGAAGGAGGAGGGAGAAAUGCCGAAGGUGUGUCAGCAUUCUAACAAAAUAAGGCAAAAAUUAGCCCUUACAGUAUAAUCACUGUCAUAUAUGGACCAUGAUUUAUUGACAGAAGGAAAGGUAUAAAUUCACUAAAAGAUAGACCAAUUUCUCAGCUGCUCUCAGUCAAUUCUUUGAUUAACUUCAAGCCUAGAAGCUGGCCAGGUGUCUUCAGAAGGCUCAGCCUAAGUAGUAUGAGUCCUUAGUUUUUGCUUAAAAAUGUGCAGUUCUUACUAGUUGAGUACACCCAACACAUGCAAGAAAAUAGGUGUUUCAGCCCCAGUUGAGUCUGGUCUGGUUCUGGUGAUGCUGUGUCAUAGAUGUCAAAGUGAAGUGAGACAUCUCAGCUGACAUUACAGAGCAGUCAGCAACCAGCCUGAAUUUCUCCCUGACUUGAUGGAGUUUGGACUUCGGUGUUCAGUUUCCAGUGUACUAUGUUUUGAUUUUCUGUAAACAGCUUCUUCCUGCAGUACGUGUUUUUCUAUCAUCAAACCUCACUUUACUUAGCUCUGAGCUCACCUCCCUGCCCCAUUUCUAAUCUGUUCCAGUCUUUUUGUUCUCUCUCUCUCCUCACGUGGAAGUCUUGUCCAGCCCAUGUUGUUAGCAUCUGUCCCUGGAGCCUGUCCUCUUCAGCUGUUUGCCCUGAGGCUGCAGGGGAGUUGGCAUGACUAGGAUAUGCCAUAGAUUUACCACGUGGGACAUAACCUCCUAAACAUGACUUCCCUCCUGGCUGUACAUCGUGGCAUGGUCCUUGUUUUUAGCCACUCCAUGAGCGGUCUGUAGCACCUUUGUGGCCACUGCAGGUCUGGAGGGAGCUUAUUUGGCAGCUGUGGGAGCCACACUGCCUCACUGCCAGCACACGUGCCCGCUUUCCCCACUGCUCCAGCUGGGGAUGCGGUCAGGCUGUCGGCACAUGAGAUCACAUCCAGCACGGCUACUCCCUGGAAGCCAAAGUGUUGCUUAGUAACCUACUCAUGGAAGUACCAGAAGCAUUUUUCAAUCUGUCACGUCGGUGAAAAACACUGGCUUCUUGAUUUAGAGGCAUUCUGCUGUGUGUAGCAGGGCUGUGCUCCAUUACCUUGCAUCCAGUGCUAUCUGCAAAGAGGGAAUGAACCUCCCUUUCUUGGAGGGGCUGGGAGGAAAAAGCCACAGGAAGGAUUUGCCCAGCAUUGCGUGUGAAGCCUUUAGUCUGUUCUCCUGACAUCCAGACCUUAUCUUAACUCCCUUCCUAUGGGAGAUAUUCCCUCUUUAUGGAAGUGCACUCCGGGGUCCUAUAGCAAUUGGCCAAACAGGAUCCUGCAGCACCUUCAUCUGUUAUGAGACAUUACUGCAAUAAAACAUGGUGUGUCAUACAGAAAUUGGGUGAGGUAUUGCAGUAUUUAUGUUGUAAGCCUCAGUGUCACGGACAAUUGCUACAGAAUAAUGUAUGUCUUUUUUUAAUGCAGUGGAGUCAUAGCAGCUUCACAAGAGCACACAGAGCACAGACCAUCUGGGAUUACAUGCUUUCCUCAGUUAUUUUCAAAUUAUUGUGUUAUCAAGAAUUAAAUGAAUAACAUCCUCUCAUUUAAAAAUAAACUGUUAAGGGCUUUUACGUUACUUCCCUUCUUUUAAGAUUAAUUCAAUUUGGGGGCAAAACAUCCAAGAACUGUGUUCUGACUUGAAAGACUUGCUCCUCUAUCUGGUUCUGGUUUAUCCUUAAAAAUGGCUUCAAGAAAUAACUGGAGGUUUUUUUUUUUUGUUUUGCUUUGUUUUGUUUUUUUUGUGUGUGAUAUUUUAUUGAUUUUUGCUAUCAAAUCUCCUCAGGAAAAAGGUAUCUAUAGAAUGUCUAGCUUUGAGCUCUGGUGUCCAGCUGGGCUCUUCCCAUCCUGCUUCUUGUCAUAGUGAGUGGAGUCAUGAUCUGUAUUAGGACACUGUAUGACCCAUUUUUAUCUGUGUUCCUCAAAGCCCUCUGCAAAACCUGAAGGUGUUUUAGGAAGGUCACUGGAGGUCCAAAGUGACCUGAAGAUCGGGUUGUCCGAAAAAUGUUCCUGAGAGGCUCUUCCAGUCUUCAGGGAUCCUCUUACCCAUGACCAUGGGUAUGGUCAUUGGUCACAAAUGGUACCCCAUUUGUGGGGUAUGCCAUAGAUUUACCAAGUGGAAGUGACUCCUAUCCAUUCUCAGUACUGUGGUGAUGAAAUCAUCAAGGUUUGUUUCCUGUACGAAUCCCUUUCAGCAAAGGUUCAGUGACAUGCACAACAGCUGUGGUCUAAAGCUUAAUGCAGAAUGAAGUUAAAAAAUCAUCCUGCAACAUGAGAAGAUCCCAAAUUGAUUUCUGAAGAGUUCCUGAGGAAGUAAGUACAACAUUCCUAUUGUCCUUAGUCUAAUAGUUAAGUUUGGCUAUGGGAUACAAUCUAUUUUAGUUUACGUGUAAUUUAAGAAAUAAAUACACAAAGUAGUCAAAAAAUAUUCCUGAUGGCUGGUGUGUUACCAGUGUGAGAGCGAUUGAAUACUCUGGGGGUUCUUGCACAGAAAUGUCUCACACAAAUGUUCAGAAAGAACUGGCUUCUCUGGGCAGCAGGGAGCGAUUUUAGCAGGGGAGUGAAAGGCUGUGGAAGGAGGCCUGAUUUACAUUUUAAUUCUUAGAGCUGGUGGUGCCAGCUCAGGAUUGAUGGAAAUCUUGCCCUCGUGAUGCUAUGCUCUGUGGAGGGACGAUUCAGAGAAGCACUAAGUGUACAAUGCAUUGUUUGUUUGAGAAGUAGCAGGGUAUCUAUUUUCAGUCUUCUAAUACCUUGACCUUGGAGUUUGUUCGUAAUUAAAUAGUCUUGUCUAACCAGCUAGCCAUUGAAGCAAAAGAGCUGUUGUUAUAAAGAGAGUAGGCGAGGGAAGAACAGGCAGACUAGGUAACUUCUAGGCAAUUUUGAGAGUGCACAAUGAUUCCCUGCAGACACAGCACCUCUUUCUUCUGCACAGUCUGCGAGAUAAAAUGAUUUAAGCUGAGACACAUUUUAGAGCACCUGAGUUAGUUGGCUGCAAAGCAGGAGCUGUUCUAUUAACGUUCAUUCCUGCUGUUUAGUUUUUGAGGUUUUUAUCUGUUAGUAUAUUCAAAGCCUUCUUUUAAAUAUUAUGGAAAGAACAAGGUGGGGGCUGGAACCUGCUCUGCCUCCUGGCUGUACAUAGCCCUACCCAUAAAUGACAUGUAUGACACACAUGUACGUUGAAUGACUGCAUCAUAGUGACUUUUGUAACGCGUUGACUGUGGUGUCAAGAUGACAUGGCUGGAGAAAACUAGGAAUACUUCACUUGAUAUGAAUAGAAAAUCAGUUAGUGAAAAGGCAGUACAGCCGAGGAAGUUUUCUAACUCUGAGCCACGAUCAUGUCUUCUCGAUAUGCCAUCUCUGUGUCCCCUGAAUAGAUCUUUGUCCUUUUUGCUGCAUAAAAGAAAUUGACUUCGGUGUCUUUGCUCCAAGCUGGAGUCACUGGUGUUCAGUCUUUUUGUAAUGUGCUGAUGAAUUGAGAAGCCAGUCUUGACAAGGGCUUGCCAAUUUCCAUAGCUUCCCACCAGAAUAAUCUAAUACCAGUCAGCAAAUAGAUGGGAGGGGUUCUGGGAUGCUGCUGACUGAAGCAUGCCACUGAAGUAUCAGUCUUCAGGGCAAUAGUGACAAGGAGAUUUUAUAUCAAUGCUUGUGAGAAAAAUCUGGCAGUCUCAGAUGAAGCUGGUUGUCCUGUUUGUCACACAGUAAGCACAGAUGCAAGCCAGAAAGAACGAGUGAGAAAAUAAGGCUUUCUGUCUGACAAAUGCUCCAAAUAUCACUCUUGCUUUUGAGAAAAAAAAAGCCUUCUGUGACUGAUGCUGGGGUGGCAAGGAGGUGGGCUCGUAGGGCUAGAGAGGCAUGUCACCAUAGCACAUUUGUCACGAUGUGUCUUCAAUCAUGUAAAUGUACAAGAAUAGGAUAAAAAUGCUUGUCAUUUUGUUCAGCUUGCUUUUCAGCUAAGUACACUACCUCCAGGUCACCUGCUGCUACCCCACUGAGGCCUCAUUGGGGUUUAUGCUAUGCUACUUGGUAUUCAUUUUUGGUGGCCACAGGCUAAGGUUACAGGUUUAGGAACCAGUACAUAAUCAUAAGGACAGCUUCUUGUGUUAUUUUUCUCUUUCCCUCCUUUGUAAAGUGUGAACCUUUCUUUUGAAAUCUGAAGUGACUGUAUUGUUACAAUGUGUGUAUGUAGAGAUUUGUUUUGAUAUGGCUUGUGUGGAGGACCUUUGCUCCUUUUAUCUCACACUCCGUUUUCUUAAGUGCUUGAUAGCUUUGCAAGCCUUUUGUGGGGGAGGAGAGGUGGUGGGUGGGCUCUUACUCUUCAGAAUUGAUGCUUUUUGAGGAAGAUUUGCACAGCUUUGCACAGAACGGCUGAGAAUGCAGAGUGCUCUCGAUUGUUCUUAAGCUGUCCUGAUCUGAUUUCUUCCAGCAGAAACAGAUCGGUUUUGAAACCCUCAGAAAAAUAUGUUGCUCAAUGCUGUAACCAAGGAGGUCCAUCACUUUGUCAUGCACAGAGAUGUGCAUGGUGUUUCUCCCCAGUCUGAAGGUGUCUAUUUGAGCACAGAGUGAGUCCCACCCUUCACACAUACAACUGAUGAUGCUCUGUGGCUAAUGACGUUGCACCUGCCAAGGAUCAGCCCUGUUGUGUUUUGGCUGUUAGGAAACCCAUGAGGGAAAUUCUAUGGGUGUUGGAGAGGAGAGGGCAACAUCUGCAGGAACCUCUCAGCUCUGCAGGAUUUCUUUGGUAUUCACACACAUUUGCAAGAAUGUAUUCCAAGCAUCUUGUACUGUUAUUAGUAACUUGUACUGUAGUUUGUUAGCUGUGUUGACUACCUACCUAACUAAUAUUCUGUUGAAAUUUAGAAAAAGUGUAAACGAUUGCAGAAAACAGGAGUUUAGAACUUGUA